CCGCCUCAGCAUCCUUAGGCCCCGCAGCGGCCCCGCAGUCUCUGGAGCGGCCGCGCCCGCCCGGGAGGCUCCGAGCGCAGCGUCUGGGCGCGCGCGCCCCCCGCGCCCCCUGCCCGCGGCCGCAGCAUGCGCACCCCGCCGGCGUGACCGGCUCCGCCCCAGCCCGGCCCGCGCCCUCCCGGCCACAGCGAGCGAGCGAGCGAGCGGCGCCCGGAGCGAUGAGCCAUGGAGCCGCCCGGCAGCAGCGCCCGGCGGCCGCCCCUGGCGGGCUGCAGCCCCGCCGGCCCCCGCGGCGACCCCGCCGGCCCGGAGCCGCGCCUGCUCCUCGCGCUGCUGCUGCUGCUGCCGCCGCCGCCUGCGCUCGCCGCCUCGCCCGGGCCCCGCGCCUGGGGGGCCGCUGCGCCCCGCGCUCCGCAUUGGAAUGAAACUGCAGAAAAGAAAUGGGAAGUCCUGGCAGAUGCAAACGGUACAUUGCCACAGAACGGUAGCAGGGACACCAGUGACAGCAGUGCAGUGCAGAGAGAAAUCACGACGCCUUCGAGACUCAUCUAUUACAUCAACCAAGACUCCGAGAGCCCUUAUCAUGUGCUUGACACAAAGGCAAGACACCAGCAACAGCAUAAUAAGGCCGUGCACCUGGCCCAGGCAAGCUUCCAGAUUGAAGCCUUUGGCUCCAAAUUCGUUCUUGACCUCAUACUCAACAAUGGCUUGCUGUCUUCUGAUUAUGUGGAGAUUCACUAUGAAAAUGGGAAGCCGCAAUACUCUAAGGGUGGAGAGCACUGUUACUACCAUGGGAGCAUCAGGGGUGUCCAAGGCUCCAAGGUGGCUCUGUCGACGUGCAAUGGACUUCAUGGGAUGUUUGCAGACAACACCUCGGUGUACAUGAUAGAGCCGCUGCAGCUGGUUCAUGAUGAAAAAAGCACAGGCCGGCCACACAUCAUCCAGAAAACCUUGGCGGGACAGUAUUCUAAGGACGUGAAGAACCUCAGUGUGGAGAGCAGUGACCAGUGGCCACUUCUGUCUGAAUUACAGUGGCUGAAGAGAAGGAGGAGAGCGACCAGUCCAUCUCGUGGUGUGUUUGAAGAAAUGAAAUACUUGGAGCUUAUGAUUGUUAACGAUCACAAAACGUAUAAGAAGCAUCGCUCCUCUCAUGCACACACCAACAACUUUGCAAAAUCUGUGGUCAACCUUGUGGAUUCUAUUUACAAGGAGCAGCUCAAUACCAGGGUUGUCCUGGUGGCCGUGGAGACCUGGACUGAGAAGGACCACAUUGAUAUCUCCACCAACCCUGUGCACAUGCUCCACGAGUUCUCCAGGUACCGGCAGCGCAUCAAGCAGCACGUCGACGCUGUACAUCUGAUCUCGCGGGUGACAUUUCACUAUAAGAGAAGCAGCCUGAGUUACUUUGGAGGUGUCUGUUCUCGCACAAGAGGGGUUGGCGUGAAUGAGUAUGGUCUUCCAAUGGCAGUGGCUCAAGUGUUAUCGCAAAGCCUGGCCCAAAACCUCGGAAUCCAAUGGGAACCAUCUAGCAGGAAGCCAAAAUGUGACUGCACGGAGUCCUGGGGCGGCUGCAUCAUGGAGGAAACGGGGGUUUCCCAUUCCCGAAAAUUCUCGAAGUGCAGCAUUUUGGAGUACAGAGACUUUCUACAGAGAGGAGGUGGAGCCUGUCUCUUCAACAGACCCACCAAGCUGUUCGAGCCCACAGAGUGUGGGAAUGGAUAUGUGGAGCCUGGGGAGGAGUGUGACUGUGGCUUCCACGUGGAGUGCUACGGACUGUGCUGUAAGAAGUGCUCUCUCUCUAAUGGGGCGCACUGCAGCGACGGGCCCUGCUGCAACAGCACCUCAUGCCUCUUUCAACCACGCGGGUAUGAAUGUCGGGAUGCUGUGAACGGGUGUGAUAUCACUGAAUAUUGUACCGGAGACUCUGGCCAGUGUCCACCAAACCUUCAUAAACAAGAUGGAUAUGCCUGCAAUCAAAAUCAGGGCCGCUGCUACAACGGCGAGUGCAAGACCAGGGACAACCAGUGCCAGUACAUCUGGGGCACAAAGGCCGCGGCGUCUGACAAAUUCUGCUAUGAGAAGCUGAACACAGAAGGCACCGAGAAGGGCAACUGCGGGAAGGAUGGAGACCGAUGGGUCCAGUGCAGCAAACAUGAUGUGUUCUGCGGAUUUUUACUUUGUACCAAUCUUACUCGAGUGCCCCGCAUCGGCCAGCUCCAUGGAGAGAUCAUCCCCACUUCCUUCUACCAUCAAGGCCGAGUCAUCGACUGCAGUGGUGCUCAUGUAGUUUUAGAUGAUGACACAGACGUGGGCUAUGUGGAAGAUGGCACACCAUGUGGCCCGUCCAUGAUGUGUCUAGAUCGGAAGUGCCUACAGAUUCAAGCCCUAAAUAUGAGCAGCUGCCCGCUUGAUUCAAAGGGUAAAGUCUGUUCUGGCCAUGGGGUGUGCAGUAACGAAGCCACCUGCAUCUGUGACUUCACAUGGGCAGGAACAGAUUGCAGCAUCCGGGAUCCAGUUAAGAAUCUUCACCCCCCCAAGGACGAAGGACCUAAGGGUCCUAGUGCCACCAAUCUCAUAAUAGGCUCCAUCGCUGGCGCCAUCCUGGUAGCAGCCAUUGUCCUGGGGGGCACAGGCUGGGGAUUUAAAAAUGUCAAGAAGAGGAGAUUUGAUCCUACGCAGCAAGGCCCCAUCUGAGUCCAGCGCACCCCACGAGCAGCGCCUUGCCCUGCUGGGUUCUGGGUAUGAUAUACGCGCAGCAACGCUGGCAGAACUAUUAAGUCUUUAAACUGGAACACUGGGCGUUAAUGAGCACGGAGCUAAAGCUGGGGUGACCAGGAUGGGGGAGAAGGAAACUACUCCUUUUGGAAAUAACUUCAAAGAACCCCUCCCACCACCUGUUGGUGCCAGUGGGGGAGGGUAAAAGAUCACGUUAUAAAACAACUGUUCAGACUUUUUUUCCCUCUUUCUAACUAAAGGAGAAAGGAACAAAAAAUUUAAGUGCAAUAAAAGACCCAUUAAAAAUAGCAUAUGAUUUUUUCCCCCUCAGCCUGCUGGCACUUAUAUCUUCAAAAUGAUUUGGCAUGAUUUUCUUUUCUUUUGUUACCAAUGACAAACUCCAGUGGCAUGAAGAUCCAAUUUUCGAAAGGGUAAGAACUGCAUGGCAUAUAUACAGCAACAAGCUAGCGAGCCAAUCCUCCGCAAACCUGCAGGGAAUUCCUUAGGGGAAGACGACAGAUGAACGAUGAAUGCACAGAAGCUGCCUGGGCCAAGCGACCCCUCUCCAAGCCCUGCCCCAGCCCCUUCCCUCCCGGGGGAGCCCGCUCUCCACUCCAGACCGGCCUCUUGUUGAUUCAUUCCCCCACUAUUAUUAUUAUGAUUAUCUUUCUUUUCUGGACCAAGCAUCUUUGGAAAUGGGAGCUGGAAUUUGAACAAUGAUGCUAUUGUAUAGUUCUUUUAUAAAUGUAAAUAUGGAAAUAAGAGAUUUUGACACAUCAUUUUCACUUGUCUGAAUCCAAUCUUUCCUUGUAACGAUUCUCUGUAAAUGUGUUUGUUGCUUGCCGCCCUGUUGGUUUCUUUCCUCAAGUUCUUUCUUUCCUUUUUGGUGCCUGCCCUCUCUUGUACCAUGUCCCAUGACUGUCAGUCUCGCUUAAAAAGACAAACAUAGCCACAGAUGCAAGGAGUUUGGGCACAGAAGUCGUGCAACUUGGUGUUAGUAGGUUUGAAACCAAAAGUAAACAAAAGAGAAGACAAAAACAACAAGUAACCCAUAGCAAAAAACAAGAAAAUUCUGUAAAUGAAAAUAUAUGUACUCACAAGUCUCAAAAACCUUCGGUGUUAUUAUAAACAUGUAUAUAAUGUAAGAAAGUAGACACCCUCUCAAAUUAAUCACAGAAGUGCCAAGCUCAUGAUUUUAGUCCUUGGUUGUGACAAUUUUCUUUCCGUCUUUAAUGUGAAAGGAGGAUAAACUUAAAGCCUUAAAUAAAAAAAAAAAAAUACUUUUUAAAUGUUGAAAGCUUGGAAAAACUUAAGCUUUCCAUUUUAUUCAUAUCUAUUAUUAAUAUUCCAUUCAUGCUUCACUUGCCUGCCUCGCAGUCUACAUGGUUGAACCCCACUGGCAAAGGGGGGCCGCGGCCAGAAGCCCGCUCGGUGGUGCUGUGUCCAGGCAGCAGUGCGGAACACGGUCAAGGCUUCCUGAACCCUGGCGAGUCAUAUGGUUGUAAUGGGAUUCCACCAUGGACACAAGCACAUCCUCUCCCCUCCGGGCAGAUUUGCAGAUGCAAUCUUGGGGUUCCCAAGGCCCUCUGAGUUUCCUUCACGUUCUCCAGUUUCUUUGAUUUCUGGCCAAGAUCCCUUCCACUCAAGUGUGACAUGAACAAGUUUUAAUAAGGAAACCUGGUCCCUGUUUCAGUGUACAAAGUCUCUUCAGUGAGCAUCCAUCCAGAUAUGACUUUGACUAAUGACCCCACAAGCCCCUCCCCCCACUUCUUCAGCAUCUUUUUAGGAAAAAGACGUGCACUUGUGCCACGGAUGGUGUUGGGAACCAUUCCACCUAAUGAGUGGUGUCCCCGGCCGGAGUCUUUAGAGCUCUCAUGAUGGCAGAGCAGAGACUUUAAUUUCUGUGUGCAGAAGAGCGUAGCUUAACCUCUUGCUCUUAGUACUGCUUUCUGAAUACUAGGUGCUACACAGGAUGCAUCCUUCUCUAGACCUUGCUCGCUGUUUAGAUUGUCAUAACAGGGCUGUCUAGAAGGUUUAUGAGCCUUCCUCUUGGUUUCACACAACAGGUUGUAUCCCUUUACUUAACAGCGAUGGUUCUUGGAGGAAGGUUGAAGGAAACUCAGAUUACUUGGUAGCUCUCCCUGUGCUCACACCGCCGAGUGGCUCUUAACUGAGAGAUGCCAAGCUGCUGCUAUCUGCACCACCCACAUUUCACUGCUAUUCCAGAGGCACCAUGUUGACUUAACACACAUCAAAGCGUGGUGGUUACAAAACAAAUCUCAGUUACUAACUUUUGAGCAUUUCACAAACAACAUUGUAAAUGUGCGAUGUUAUGUUUUAAAUCAGACCACAGUGGUCCCCAAAUAUUAUGUACAUAUGACAAAUGUCAGUGUAACUUUUCAUUAUGCUGGCAGUUUCAUAGGUAAUCACACCUAUGCUCCAAUGUUGAAUUACUUGUGUGUAUAUGUAAAAUACACAAGCUGUACGCUCUGUGUGUAUGAAUAUGAAAAGAUAAUGCAACCACAUCUUAAAUAAUGGAUUAUAAUUAUUUUUGGUGGUAUUAGAUUAUGUAGUUUCAAACUCUUUGCUGUAUUUUCUCUUGCGGAUGGCAUUCACUUGCCAAUUUUUGUGGUGUGGGUACUCCUUCUUAUUAAUUUGAGCUCAAAGCACAAGCCUGUUACUGUUUCAUGUUUCUCAACAAGAGUGUUAAGUGAUGACCAAGUUCCCAUUUCACCUGCUAUACUUUUGCUGUGAUAAUUAAUGGCACCUGGAUAGGAGACGCACACCGGUUUCAUUGUUCACCUGGGCCACUGCAUGAGUCCACUGGAUUAGAGCUACUCCUGCUAGACAAACGAGCAGUUCACAUAGGUGCAUGUUACAAAGCCUAAGUCCAUGGAGCUGUGAAAUUUUACCCUGUGAUGUGUGUGUACAUGUUUUUGUUUUCAUAUUAUGCAAAGAUGGGAAAUGCACACACUUUUCAAAGACCUGAUGUCUGAAGAACUUGACAAACAAUACUUGAAUUCUUUCUUUUGUCAUCCCAUCAUGUUUUUAUAGUCAUUGUUGCUUUCAUUGUUAAUUUUUAUUUUUCAGUGGUUUGUAAUUUUUGAAGCACACAACCUGAAGUUUUGUUGGAAGUUAAUAAAUUCAUUUCUCUCUUGUUGGCUGCCUAUGAAUGGAGAUUCCAUAGUUGUUGUAUGCAUCUUUUAGUGUAUAUUAAAACUUCCGUUAAUGUAGAA